ACUUUUUGAUAAAAUGUAAAUAUAUUUUGUUUAUUUAGUUCCUUCUAUUAAUUAUUCUGAUAUUAUAAACGAUAAUUAAUAUCAUGGAAAUCUGUGUUCCUGAACUAUGCAAACCACAACCGCAAUCAAUUAUCGAGGCAACGAAGAAAAUUAAGUUGAAUCACGAUGAAUGCUGCAACUGCUGUUGUUGUGCAAAUCAACGUGUAUGUUAUAAAUAUGUGCAGCCAGAAAUACCGAAACCUUAUACUCCAAUUCGUCAUUUUUGGAAAUCAGGUUUACCAAUGGAUAGUAAUACUACAUAUCGACUUUCAUAUUGGGAAUGUCCAAGCGUUGGUGUGGAACCUAUUCGACCACGAGAUUGGUUAGUUACUGGAGAUGGCGAAAUAUCCGAUAAUACAACAUACAAAUCUAGUUACUUCAGUCAUCCAUGUGUAAAACCUGAUGCACCUUGUAUACCUUGUGAAAAACAAUGGCUUGGUAAAGGUCCUAUGCAGGAUGUUACAACUCAGAAACAUGAUUUUACAUGGAAAUCCAUUCCACAAAUAGAACCUUACAAAGCAGAACAUAAUUUAUUUUGUCCUCCUGCUCCGUUACUCGACGAUACAACAUAUAAAUUAAGUUACUUUGAAUCUGAUUGUGCCUCCAAAAUACCUCCACCAUCUUAUGCUCCCAUAAGAAAAUACGUUAAAUCUGAUAUUCCAAUGGAAGAUUAUACGACAUAUAAACUUAGUUAUUGGCCAACUGAAGCGAAGAAAGAAGAACCUUCUUGGGGCAAAAAGGAAUAUAUGCCACCAGUAGAACCACUAGAGGGUUGCACAACUUAUAAAUUAAGUUAUUGGCCACAGACAAUAGAAAAACGUUCACCAAUAAUAAUACCGGAAAACGAUAAUCUUUUAAGUGCUGGUUGUUGCACAGAUGAUAAUACAACUUACCGUCUAAGUUAUUUUGGUUGUGGAGGGGAUAAACGAAAUCCUAUAAUACAACCUAAUAAUAUUGAAUUUUCAUCUUGUCCUUUGUCUUAUGAUACCACUCAUCGUAUGAGUUUCUUAGGUAAUUGGUGUUUCAAAACAGAACCUCCAAUUUUACCUUGUGAGAAACAAUGGCUAGGUCGCGGGCCUAUACAAGAUGUAACUACACAAAGACAUGAUUAUACAUGGAAGAAUACACCAUUAGAUCCAGAUCUUCGUUAUCAUGACAAUCUUGUUCCUGCAACUUCACCUAUUGAAAGUUGUACUACAUACAGACUCUCCUAUUUCGAAAACGAUCUUAAAUCAUUAAUACCUCCUCAAAAAUAUGCACCUGUACGUUCUUGUCGUCCAUCAGAUAUUCCAUUUGAAUCAGAUACUACUAUGCAGUUGAGUUAUCAGCCUGUGGAAAGUAUAGUUCCAAUUGAAAAACCUUGGGCUGAGAAGCCUCCUUAUCAACUUCCAGUUAUUCCAAUGGAAGAUAAUACUACAUAUAACACAAGGUUUUUAAUUUUAUUCAAAUUAUUUAUAUCAUCUUCUCAUCAAUUCACAUCAUCACAAACAAGUCUAAAAAAAUUAAUUUUAUUUGAUAUAUAUAAAAUGCUUUAGUUGAACAUUUUGAUAUUAUCAAUAUACAAUAUAUAAUAU